GGUGCUGAGACAAAGGACAGGAGUUCCUGUGCAACCCUCGAGGGUCUUUCUGCAACAGCUCUGCCUGAAGCAGCCCGGAUUACAGCCUCCCGCCCCCUUUAGCGCCUGCGUGGUGGAGCCUCCCUCUCUCCAGGCGAAGUUUUCUCUCUCCCGGUGACUGAUCUUGGAUUCUCAGGCUGGAAGGAGCAGAAAGGCGCUAAAAGAAAGAAAGGUGAAGUUGGCCCUUUCUUCCUGGAAGAAGCAAGGAGAUGGGGGUUCUCCAGGUGCAUUUUUGCUGUCUCCUAGGUGUCUGGGCUACUGUAAUAGCUGUCUGGGCCACUGUAAUAGCUCAGGAACCAGAAUACAGCUAUGGAUGUGCUGAGGGGAGCUGCUAUCCAGCCACAGGAGACUUGCUGAUUGGCCGAGACUCCCAGCUCUCUGUCACCUCCACAUGUGGCUUGCAAAAGCCUGAACCAUACUGCAUUGUGAGCCACCUGCAGGAUGACAAAAAGUGUUUCAUUUGUGAUUCCCGGGACCCAUUCCAUGAUACAUUAAACCUAGAUAGCCAUCGUAUUGAAAAUGUCAUCACUACCUUUGCUCCAAAUCGUCUCAAGCUGUGGUGGCAGUCAGAAAAUGGGUUAGAAAAUGUAACCAUCCAGCUGGAUCUAGAAGCUGAAUUCCAUUUCACUCAUCUCAUUAUGACCUUCAAGACAUUUCGCCCAUCUGCAAUGUUGAUUGAAAGAUCCUCGGAUUUUGGGAAAACUUGGCGAGUAUAUAGGUACUUUGCCUAUGAUUGUGAGAACUCUUUCCCAGGUGUUUCAACUGGACCUAUGAAGAAAGUAGAUGACAUUAUUUGUGAUUCCCGAUAUUCUGAUAUUGAACCUUCAACUGAGGGAGAGGUAAUUUAUCGUGCUCUAGAUCCUGCUUUUAGAAUAGAGGACCCAUAUAGCCCAAAGAUUCAGAAUUUGUUAAAGAUCACAAAUUUAAGAAUCAAAUUUAUCAAACUGCACACCCUGGGAGACAACCUUCUGGAUUCUAGAAUGGAAAUCAGAGAAAAAUAUUACUAUGCUGUUUAUGACAUGGUUGUUCGUGGGAACUGCUUCUGUUAUGGGCAUGCCAGUGAGUGUGCACCAGUUGAUGGAUUCAGUGAAGAAGUGGAAGGAAUGGUCCAUGGUCACUGUAUGUGCAGACACAACACCAAGGGCUUAAACUGUGAGCGGUGCUUGGACUUUUACCAUGAUUUGCCCUGGCGACCUGCUGAAGGACGCCAGAGUAAUGCCUGCAAAAAAUGCAAUUGCAACGAACAUUCUGUACAAUGCCAUUUUGACAUGGCUGUGUUCAUGGCAACUGGAAAUACCAGUGGUGGAGUGUGUGACGACUGUCAGCACAAUACAGUGGGGCGUAACUGUGAGCAGUGCAAACCCUUCUACUUCCAGCAUCCAGAGAGAGACAUUAGAGAUCCUCACAUUUGUGAGCCAUGUAAUUGUGACCCGAUUGGCUCCCAAAAUGGGGGAAUCUGUGAUCGCUACACUGACUUCUCAACUGGCCUUAUUGCUGGACAGUGCCGUUGUAAAUUAUUUGUGGAAGGGGAGCGCUGUGAUUCCUGCAAAGAAGGAUUCUAUGGAUUAAGCGAAGAUAAUCCUCGUGGUUGUCAGUCUUGUGCAUGUAAUCCCUUGGGCACAAUUCCUGGAGGGAAUCCUUGUGACUCUGAGACAGGAAAUUGCUAUUGUAAACGUCUUGUUACAGGAAGGCAAUGUGAUCAGUGUCUGCCUGAACACUGGGGAUUGAGCAAUGAUAUGGAUGGAUGUCGACCAUGUGAUUGUGACCAAGGAGGAGCACUGAACAAUAACUGCUCAAGUGAAUCUGGUCAAUGCCAGUGUAGACCUCAUAUGAUUGGGCGCCAGUGCAAUGAAGUGGAACCAGGUUAUUUCUUCAUUGCUUUAGAUCAUUAUGUCUAUGAGGCAGAGGAAGCCCUCUUUGGUCCUGGAGUGAGCAUAAUUGAGCGUCAGUAUACUCAGGAUCGUAUACCUUCAUGGACUGGAAUUGGAUUUGUGAGAGUUCCUGAAGGGGCAUACCUGGAAUUCUAUAUAGACAAUAUACCAUAUUCUAUGGAGUAUGAUGUUCUUAUUCGCUAUGAACCACAGUUACCAGAUCAAUGGGAGAAAGCUGUUAUCACUGUAUAUCGCCCAGGCAAGAUUCCUGCCAGCAGCAGAUGUGGCAAUACAGUUCCUGAUGAUGAUGAUCAGGAAGUAUCAUUAUCUCCAGGUUCAAGAUAUGUAGUUCUUCCACGUCCAAUUUGCUUUGAAAAGGGACUGAAUUAUACUGUUCGUCUGGAGCUGCCACAAUACUCAUACAAUACAGAGGUAGAAAAUCCAUACACGCUCAUUGAUUCACUUGUUCUUAUGCCUUUUUGCAAAUCACUGGACAUAUUCACAGUUGGAGGCAGAGGUGACGAUGUGAUGACUAACAGUGCCUGGGAAACCUUUCAAAGAUAUCGGUGCCUGGAGAACAGCAGGAGUGUUGUUAAAACACCUAUGACUGACGUUUGCAGGAAUAUUAUUUUUAGCAUUUCAGCUCUAUUGCAUGAGACAGCAUUGUCCUGCCAGUGUGACCCGCAGGGCUCAUUAAGUUCUGUGUGUGAUGCUAAUGGAGGUCAAUGUCAAUGUCGGCCAAAUGUUGUUGGAAGAAGAUGUGACAAAUGCGCUCCUGGCACUUUUGGAUUUGGACCUAGUGGAUGCAAAUCUUGUGAGUGUCACAUUCAAGCUUCUGUCAACGCCUUCUGCCACCCGGAGACUGGUCAGUGCCAAUGUUUCCAUGGAAUAUAUGGCCGUCCGUGUGACAGAUGCUUACCUGGCUAUUGGGGAUUUCCAAGCUGCCAACCUUGCCAGUGCAAUGGCCAUGCGGAUGAUUGCGACCCAUAUAGUGGACAGUGUUUGAACUGCCGUGAUUACACCUCUGGUCACAACUGUGAAAGAUGCCUUAGUGGUUAUUAUGGAGAUCCUGUCCUGGGAUCUGGAGAUCACUGCCGACCUUGUCCUUGUCCGGAUGGACCAGAAAGUGGCCGCCAGUUUGCCAGUGGCUGUUAUCAAGACCGUAUUACAUUGCAAGUGGUGUGCGUCUGUGAGACAGGAUAUAGAGGGAGCAGAUGUGGUGAAUGUGCUUCUGGUUUCUUUGGGAAUCCUGAAGAUGUUGGUGGGAUUUGCCAGCCCUGCCAGUGUAACAACAACAUUGACUUAACUGAUCCAGAGGCCUGUCACAAGAAGACAGGAUUGUGCCUGAAGUGCUUAUAUCACACGGAGGGUGAAAACUGCCAACUGUGUAAACAUGGGUAUUAUGGACAGGCUCUACAGCAGGACUGUAGAAAGUGUGUAUGCAAUUACUUGGGAACAGUACGUGACCACUGCAACAGCUCAGAAGAUUGUGAGUGUGAGAAAGAAACUGGUCAGUGCCAAUGUCUUCCUAAUGUGAUUGGACAGAACUGCGACCACUGUGCCCCAAAUACAUGGAGGUUGGCCGGUGGAACUGGGUGUGAGUCAUGUGGCUGUGAUGUUGAACGCUCCUUUGGCUCAUCAUGUAAUGAGUUUACUGGGCAGUGCCAGUGCAUGCCAGGCUUCGGAGGACGCACGUGUAAUGAAUGUCAGGAGUUUUUCUGGGGUGAUCCCAGUGUGGACUGUCAAGCUUGUGCUUGUGAUCUUCGUGGCAUUCAGACCCCACAGUGCAACCGCACAACUGGGCAAUGCAUCUGUAAUGAGGGGAUAGAGGGACUCCGUUGUGAUAAGUGUACCCGAGGUUACUCCGGCACCUUCCCAGACUGUGCACCUUGUCACCAGUGUUUUGCUCUCUGGGAUGUCAUCAUAAGUGAGCUGACUAAUAGGACACAGAGGUUCCUGGAGAAAGCAAAUGCCCUGAAAAUCACAGGGGUCAGUGGUCCUUACCAGCAGACACUCCGCUCUGUAGAGGAAAAACUGAAUGAGAUUAAACGUAUCAUUGCUCAAAAUCCAGCUGCUGAGCCUCUUAAAAAUAUUGGAAAUCUCUUUGACGAAGCAGAGAAGCUAAAAGCAGAUGUUACAGAGAAGAUAGCCGAAAUAGAAGAAAAUGUAUCCAAAGUGGCCGCAGAACAUAAUGACACAGACACUCGACUGAAUGCCCUGGAGGCAGAUGCAGAGAGCCUAGACAAUGUUGUCAAAGAACUUGCAGAACAACUGGAGUUCAUAAAAAUCUCUGAUGUUCGGGGAGCCUUGGACAGCAUCACCAAAUAUUUCCAAAUGUCUUUGGAUGCAGAAAAGAGAGCCAAUGCAUCUACUCUGCUUCCUGGCAGUGUAGUAGAGCAGUCUGCUGAAAUGCGCCUGGAAGUGGAAAGUUUAAUCAAUGAGACAGAGGCGAAGUUCAAGGCUAAGCAAGAGGAGCAGUCGCGUCUCUUGGAUGAACUUGCAGGCAAACUGCAAAGUCUGGAUCUUUCAGAAGUGGCUGAGAAGACAUGUGGAGCUCCCCCUGGGGCUUCCUGUGCUGAUUCAGAAUGUGGGGGCCUGGGCUGCAGAACCGAAGAUGGAAAAAAGAAAUGUGGGGGCCCAGGCUGUGAUGGGUUAGUUACUGUGGCCCACAAUGCCUGGCAAAAAGCUAUGGAUUUCGACAGAGACAUACUUGGUGCUUUGGCAGAAGUUGAACAGCUCUCCAAAAUGGUCUCAGAAGCAAAACAGAGAGCAGAUGAAGCAAAACAGAAUGCUCAAGAAGUUCUGCUAAAAACGAAUGCCACAAAGGAGCAAGUGGACAGGAGCAACAAAGAUCUGAGGAACCUUAUUAAACAGAUCAGAGAAUUUCUGAUGAAAGACAGUGCUGAUCUGGAUAGCAUCGAGGCUGUUGCUAAUGAAGUGCUCAACAUGGAGAUGCCCAGCACACCUGAGCAGCUACAAACACUAGCAGACAAUAUCCGUGAUCGGGUGGAGAGCCUUUCUGAUGUUGAAACUGUCUUACAGCAGAGUGCUGGAGAUAUUGCAAGGGCAAAGAUGCUGUUAGAUGAAGCUAAAAAAGCAAGUAAAAGUGCAACAGAUGUUAAAGUCACUGCAGACAUGGUGAAAGAGGCUCUGGAAGAAGCUGAAAAAGCCCAAAAUGCAGCUGAAAAGGCCAUCAAACUGGCAGAUAAAGAUAUCCAAGGAACACAAGACCUGCUUACAUCUAUUGAAUCUGAAACUGCAGUGUCAGAAGAAACACUCAACAAUGCUACUUUGCGUAUUGCUGAACUAGAAAAAAACGUGGAAAGGCUUAAACAAAAGGCUGCUACAAACACUGAAGACAUUACAGCAGCUGAAGAAACUAUUGCUACUGUGAAUCAAACUACUGAGACAGUUAAAAAAGUACUAGACAAUGAUGUGAGUGGCAAGUAUAAAACUUUAGAAAACUUAAUUGCCAAAAAAACAGGAGAGUCUGCAGAUGCCAGGAAAAAAGCAGAAGCACUACAGAAUGAAGCUAAAGCACUCUUGGACCAAGCAAACAACAAACUCCAGCUGCUCAAGGAAUUGGAAAACACCUACGAGAAGAACCAAAGAGUCCUGGAAGACAAAGCCAAACAAUUGGUGCAACUGGAAGAAACAGUCCGCAGCCUCUUGCAGGCAAUCAGCCAGAAAGCUGCAGUCUACAGCACCUGCUAGUAACUGGGAAUGGGAGGGGUGGAGGGAGUCAUAGAAGAAAAUGCCUGCCUACCUGCCUGGAAACUAAGGGUGGUAUUUAGUUUUUAAUCAGGUUAUGAUCUUAAAACCAAAGAAUCUGCUCACCAAAUAAAACUGUACUUUUGUAACAAAGUAUGAUUCAUUUAACUAAUGUUACUUUCAUUAUCCCAAAUGAGUUUUAUUAACCCUUUUCAAGUACUCUGCUAAUAAAAAGCUUAGCUCCAAAGAUGGGAUUUUUUUUAAAAAAAGUUGUGAUUUAGAGGGUUUCAUUUUCUAGUCCUGAAUACUGCACACAGGAUGACAUGGUGUCCUUUUGUGCAAGAAGCUCGUUCGCUUGCCCCUGCAUCUACUUUGAUGGCAUUACUGGUGGUCUGGCGACAGGCAGGUAGUUGCGGAUGGGCCGUUGAAGAGCAAACAGUAGCUCGGCAGCUUUAGCAACUCUUUGUUUAGUUCCAAAGCAACUACGAAACUGGGUAUCAUGUUUUUAUAUUAUUUUACAUUUAUAUCCCGCUCUUCCUCCAAGGAGCCCAGAGUGGUGUACUACAUACUUGGGUUUCUAGGAUAUCAUGCAGCACAGGAGAUCCCUGCAAGAAAGGCCACUUGAUAUCCCUUCUGAGCAGGAAGCUACAAUACUUCCACUGCAGUGGUGGCAUCUUGUGCAAUAGAGGUGAUCAGCAGUUUCUUCCCCCAGCAUUGGCAUAGUGCUGCUCUCUGAGAGUAAGGCACCUGGGUCCCACAGCUUAAAGGCAGCAAUUCAAGAGCCCAAAUGCCUCACAGAAAUACAUUAGUACACAGAACCUUCUUACUAGAAGGAAUUUGCUACACACAACACCCAUCCUUCUCUUUCAUGUGUUACUGCCACCAGGCAUUUAUUUAUUAACACUCCUCAAACACAGACAGUAGCUUUGAAACCUGUCUGCAUUUACUAGUUUUGAUGCUGCCACUGGCUUAGAGGUCCAAGUUAUCUGAAGCUUUUUUGAGGUAUUGAGGAAUAACACAAAUAUAUAAGAUGAAUGUAAGUGUCUAAAUUGAAGGAAAAAAGCAAAACCUUUUAAGACAGCUAGCUGAGUUUCUGCCAUACUUCAGAGUUGUGAUAAAGUUAACCUAUCAACUAACAAGAUCUUUUGGCAUUAAGAAGAGGCCUUUCUCCAAGUUUCUCUCUUUUUAACAAUGAAUAAGGAAGCAUAUUUUACACAGAAUGAUCACAAAGCUUCAGAUUAACAGAUAACUCUCACAAUUAAUCCAAAAGACUAUAAAUAAAUCCUACCAUUCAGGUU